GAUAUUAUUUUUCAGCUGAUCGGUGCGGCGACUAUCACUAUCAGGCUGAUCGGGAAAACGCCGCGUGCGCCUUCAACAGCAGCUCGACGCAACUGCCUCUCGCCACUCGCGAGCAACCGCGAGUUGGUAUUAGUUGGUUCGUGUCGCUCGAGGCGCAGUGGGUCAGGACAGAGCGGCCAUUAUUGUGUCUUUCUCGUUAUACCUACGUCGUCCCCAAAAGAACAUACAGUGUGUGUGUGUGUAGUUGGUAUAUUGUGUCCCAUCGCGAAAGCAGUACCCGUACGCGAGACGACGAGUACUGCAGUGUGUCGGGCAAUCGGGCUCGUCUCUGCGUUUGCAAACGUUUGUGUAGACACAGAGCCGUGUCGGGUCCGCGCCUCGCGGAUCGGAGAUGUAAGAAGUUUUCCUGGAAGUUGGAACCAUAGAAUCAAAGCUGAGGCAGCAACAGGAGGCAACGUCGAGGAGUCAGAGGAAACUCCCGACGAGACGAGCCGCCGAAGAAGUGGAGGACGUCAGUAGUAGCAGCAGCAGCGGCAGCAGUACAGCGGGACAGGAGCGCACUGGCAUGCACACCAUCACCGAGAUGGGCACGAGCGUGCCAGCCUUCCUCGGCAAGCUCUGGAGGCUGGUCGAGGACCCGGAGACCGACGACCUCAUCUGCUGGGCACCCAGUGGAAGGAGUUUCUUUAUUAGGAAUCAAGCCCAGUUUGCACGGGAGUUGUUACCACAUUAUUACAAGCACAACAAUAUGGCUAGUUUUGUGCGCCAGUUAAAUAUGUAUGGCUUUCACAAAAAAGUUUCAGUAGAACUUGGAGGCUUAAAAUGUGAUAGAGAUGAGAUGGAAUUCGCUCAUCAAUAUUUUUGUAAGGAUCACCCAUAUCUUUUAGAACAUAUAAAAAGAAAGAUUGCAUCAAACAAAACACAAGACCCAUCACAGGCACCUAUAAAACCAGAACUGAUGAACAGAAUGUUGACUGAAGUCAGAAGUAUGAGGGGACGUCAAGAACACUUUGAUUCACGACUUGGUGCCAUGAAACGAGAGAAUGAAGCUCUGUGGAGAGAGCUAGCUUUGUUAAGACAAAAGCAUCACAAACAACAACAAAUAGUAAACAAAUUAAUUCACUUUCUUGUGUCUUUGGUGCAACCAAACAGAAAUAGUGGUUUAUCUAUGAAGAGGAGAUACCCACUCAUGAUUGAUGAUCCAAGUAGAAUUCAAGAACGCUUGAAACAGAGAAAAAUGUCAAAGGUGCAGCGAUCCCCUACAGGACCUGCUAUCCAUGAAUUAGAUUCUUCUGAUGCUGAUUUAGAAUCUGAUUACAUUGUUGCUGAAAUGUUAGAUAAUGAUCAAGCUCCAAUGAUUGAAAGUCCAGAACAUCAAAGUGUAGCUGAAGAAAAUAUGAGUGAAUAUUACAUUGAUGAACCAGUACAAUUACCCCAAGACAUUGAAGUAUGUCAGAAUUCUCAUUCUUCAAAAAAACGAUUCAAGGGUAAAAAGAAGGGGAGGAAAAGUAAAGUGCCCAUCAAAAUUUUCAUUCCAUCCUCGGAAAAUGGACAAGAGACAAGGGAAGAAACACUAAUGUUAGAAGUGCCGGCGUUGGAUAAAGUUAUGCCGUCCCCAUCGUCCGCCACACAGGUCGAAAACAGCAGGCCGACAUCGUCAAAGCCGGUACCAUUAGCGACUGUCCGCAGCUCAAAACUUGCGGCCAUGGCAGCAAACAUGAAGAAGAACCAAGAGGUUGAGCUGGACCUUGACUUAGACAAGUACCAGGCGACUACUGAGACCGAGCCCAAGGACGACUCCAUCAUUAAAUUGGAGAACAUUCUCAUUGUACCAGACAUAAUGAACGGAGAAUACAAUCAGGAGCCAGAUGAAAGCAAUGGUAACACAUUGCCUUCAAGCGCUAGCAGCCUUAGUGGUAACAGUACAGGGAGCCCCAUCGAAGUCUUACAACAGAACAGUCCAGAUGCUGCUGAUGUGAAUAACGGCAGUUUUGGAAAUUUGGACUUCAUGACCACGGGUACAGCCGGGAACCAAACUACGACGAGUGUGGUCAAUCAAGACAAGAAGUCGCUUUUGAGCACACAACAUCAACAGCAAGCGCAACAACAACAAGACAAGAACAUGUCCCUCAGUUGCGUCAACUCAAGUGAUGCUAACUUCAGGUUAGGAUCAAUGGAGGAAGUUGACACCCAUCUUGAUACCAUGCAAUCUGAACUCGAAAAUCUGCGCGACAUAUUGCGUGGGGAAGGUUACAGCAUUGACGCUAAUACUCUUCUAGGAGUGAGUAACUUUGAGAGAAAUCUAUUUGGAGCCGAAGACCCAAUGUCUUUUGGCAUACCAGUUAACCCGGACUUGGACCCGCAUUCGAACCAAGAAAAAGACAACGACGAUGAUAAUCAUCUGAACGCAGCUGAGCAGAGCGACCCCAACAGAAAAGGCGAACUGAUGACCUACAGCGCGACCCCGAGUUUGCUGGACUUUGACGACGACAUAUUCUUAGGUACUUCAUCGUCAUCCCCCGCACCUACAGUUACCGACGUUGCCAACACUGGUCUUAGUAAUGACCCACUUGAACUCUCUGACAACAAGGGGAAUAUCUUCGAUUCUUUGAUAGCGGCGAAUACCUCCAAUUCACCACAGUCGUGAACAUUCAGCCCACUUGAGACUGAAUCGUAAACUCGUCUCAAAAAGCUGGUUCAUGCUUUAUCUGGGAGCCGAUUCGCGGCUAUGUUCGAUUUUCUGCUGGUCUUAACAAAGACAAAAAGACCCCGAUUUACCACGACAUUGUUUUAAUUAUGAUAGUAAUAAAAUCAAAAAACGUUAUCGCUCCUACAAUGAGACAAUCUCUGUAGUAUUAGCGUUAAAGAAUACUCAAGUAUUCGUUUGCCGUUUGGUCAUAUUGACAAAAUUAUCUGACAAUCUUAUUUAACGCUGUUAUUUUUGUUCCUUCACGAUUCUGAAUUGUUUCGAAAAUUCGUAUUUUAUAUUAACGUAUAUUUUAAGUCAGAAACCCAGUAUUGUAAAAUUAAACGAAAAUAAUUGAGAUUUGCUUUUUUUUAAAAGUAACUUAGGUUUAAUCACAUUUUCUCGUUCACGUAAGCCUAUUGUUACACCGGAAACGUCUACUUACGUAAUACUUGAAUAAUUUAUUUCUUUUUUAUUUGCUGCGAUUUUUAUAUUAAAAAUCAAAUAUAAUCUAAUGUAAUUAGACAUCAAAAAUAUAAAAUGGUAUAAUCUCUUAUUGUAUAGAUUUUUACAAGACUGUAUAAUACUAGAUGCUUUAAAGUAAGGAACAAUUUAUUUGUACAUAGAAAAGAUGAUUAUCUAUGCAAAAAACCAUUAAUACUUUAUUAGGUCUAAAGUCAGAGAUUUACUAAUAAGACAUUUUUACAUAAACAAAAGGCUGUUAAUUACUCGUCUCGGUUGCUAAAAUGUUAAUACAAGUUUUUUAAAUGGUACCUAGUAUUAGAAUAAUUAUCUCGUCUUACUUCGUAUUGUGUUAUUGGUAACACAGAAUAAAUUAUUAUAAUUAAAAUUAUAUUUUUGUAUGCUGCAAGUUUUCAAAAAUUCAAUCUACUUACACCACGCAUUUUCGCUUUGCAACUUUACUAUUCUAAAACAAUGUCACAGAAUUUUCAGUUGAAAUCAUUGAAAAAAUAAAUCGUUUUUGUUGUAUCUAACAUUUGUAAUACCUAAUCCUGAAAAAAUCAUUUGCUUCAAACAACCAGACAUUUGGUUUGACGUUCCAGAGGUUCCGAGUACCGACAAAAUUUUCUUAAUAUUUUUUACCGAGCUAAGAGUAUGUAUAUAUUAUAAAAAGCCUUUUUAUGUUAAUAAUUAAUAGUUUGAUUCAUUAAUUUAUAAUAGCUAAUACAUUUUUUGUAUUUUUUUGUUAUGACUGUAUAUUUUCAUUAUUAUUCUAUAUUUAUACUGUCGAUCAGUUCUUUAAUUUUAUUCGAAAUAAUAUCGUGCUGUUACAAAUAUAACAAUUGCAUUAUUAUUUUUCAGCUGUUUAAUAAUGUUUUUUCUUUUCUUUUAGUUGUUGAAGAAUGAAGAUAUAAGUGGUACCUAGGAAUGAUGCAUACAUCAAUCUAGGCUGGAAUAAAUAACAACCUUUAAUUUAGUUAUAAUAUAAUUUUAAACCUUUUGAUGUCCAUACAUUAUUUUUUACGAAAGAUACAUUUAAAUAUAAGAAGGGAGAGGUAUUUUAUGCAGAGACACGAAAAGAUGAGAAGAAAAUAGAAACGCGAUUUCUACGAGAAAAAAGAAAUAAAGUUUACACAACAUGAAAUUUGUAAAAAUCAACAGUGUUUAAAAUUUCAAAAUCUUUUUAUAUAAAGGUAUAUAUAAUCUAUACAGUAUCGGUUAUGUUAAAAAUUAUUGCAUUGGCAAAUAACUCAUUUAUUAUUAGUAAACGUUUUAUUUCUUUUUUUCUAUCAUAUGUAUAUUUUUCAAAGAUAGUAAAUCUUGCAAGUCUGCACUAAGAUAUAAAUGUUAAAGUAUAUUCCACAAUGACAACAGCUUGUUCUACAAUGUUUUGUAGUUUAUAACUUUAUUUUUUCAUAUUUUACUUAAAAAGAAAUGUUAUCUGUAUUCAUUUUUUUAUAGUAGUUGAGUGCAACAGAUUUAUAAUCUUUCUUUAACUGUUGUAUAGAUUACAAUCUUGACUUUGAAAAUACUUUUAUAACCAAAUGGUACACCCAAGUCUUUAAGAGUACUCACAGCUCUCAUUUUAUUUUUUAUCUUUAAUUUUGAUAUCUAUUUUGAAUGCAUAUAAAAAUCAGAACAUUAUGUUUAAUUAAUAUUAGUUCAAUUAAAAUAUAACCACUAAAUUUAUAUUUAAAUGGCAACCCUAUUAAGAUAACGAGCUUCUCUUACUCGAAAUAAUUUUAAAAAACUGAAAUUACCAAAUAUUUUGAAAUUUGAUAAAUCUUGCUCUUGCAACAUUAAUUAAUGUAUAUUUUGUAUAUAAAGAUUGAGUAUGUACACAAUGAAAUAGUGCUUGUUGGUCAACUAUUUAAAUAAUAUAUACAUGCAUGUAUAUAAUUAUUAAAUAAAGGCAGGGCUAUGCACAAUGACGGCGUGAAUGCAGAAAAUAAGUUGGUAAUAAUGUACAAUGUAGGUACUUGUAAUUUUUGUAAUAGUCAGCGAAAAUACACGUUUGUAGAAAUAUUUCAUCAUUUGAAUAGAAAUAAUGAAAAAAUCAAUACUGUUAUUGUAUGUUUUAGUUAACUGAAAAUAAUUUUUUGCUUGUUUCAUUUAUUGUUCAUCCAAGUAUUUUUCUAUACUUCAUUGAACGUAUCUUAUUUUAUUUAUCACAUCUCUUUUGUUUAAUUUUUUCCAUCGUUGAUGAAAUAUUAUAUAGCAUUGAAAUCGAAUAAAAAAAUCUCAUUCUAUAAAUAUUUAAAUUCGUUUGAUUAUUGUAUGCAUUGAUAACCUAAAAGACUUUUGUAUCUAAAAUAAAACCAUUCAGUAAGAUCAACAUUUACUGUUUAAUGUAAUGAGAAAAAAAUUUUAAUUAUUAAAAGUUGAAUUUUGAAGAAAAAAUAAUUAAAAGUUGCGAAUUUUUGUCUUAAAAUUGAUAUGCUUUGUAUAACCUAAGUAAAGUAAACCUUUGAUUAAAAAUAAUUAAUUAUAAUAAUUUGCGUGCGAACAGUGCUGCGCUGUCAGGAUAAGAUAUUUUUAGGGAAAUGAUUUACGUUAAAUGAAUUAAACGACGAUACUCUUUGUUUUUUAGUAUUAUAAGGUAAACAAAUCAAAUGGAAGUUUAAUCUCUUAUUAAACAAAAUAAAAAUUAAAAAUAUAUUGAUACUCAAGGAUUCUGCUAUUUGUCAUUGAUCAAAUUGUUAUUCAUUUAAAUAAACUAACUAAACGAAAAACCAA